GGAGCGUGAGUGACGGUGAACAAAACCGCAUUGUUUAGUUUGAAGUGAGCCCCAGGUCUAAUCUGGGUUACCAAAGUCUUAAUCGGCUUAGCCCACUGCUACCACUGCCGGGUGGGCACUUUAGUCUGCUUUCUUCUCCACUUUCCAGACGUUCGAGUCACAGGACAAGGAAUGGACUCGACCGUGGCGACACCCGAUGCUGGCGCGUACCCCAAGAAAAUACUGGAGUACAUGGAAGGCUUCCUGGUCUCCAAGACACUCUUCACGGCCUGCGAGCUGGGCGUGUUCGACGUGUUGCUGGCCGCAGCACGGCCUCUGUCUGCCGAGGAGAUCAGUCGGGCAGUCGGCGCCAGUCUGGACGGCGCCGAGAGACUCCUCGCCGCCUGCAGUGGCCUCCAGCUGCUCGAGGCGCACCGGCAUGAUGGACGAGUGUCCUACAGUAACACCGAGCAGGCCAGCCUCUACCUGACGCGCGCCGGUCCCGCCACCCUCUACCAUUCCAUCCAGUACAGCUCCAGAACCAUCUACCUGUGCUGGCACUACCUGACUGAUGCCGUCAGGGAGGGAAGAAACCAAUACGAGAAAGCCUUUGGCGUCAGCUCGACGGACUUAUUCGAGGCGCUCUACAGGUCCGACCAGGAGAUGGUGAAGUUCAUGCAGCUCAUGAACUCCAUUUGGAACGUCUGCGGCCGAGAUGUGGUCACAGCCUUUGACCUUUCACCUUUUAAGGUCAUCUGCGACCUUGGAGGCUGCAGCGGGGCGUUGGCCAAGCGCUGCACGGCGGCUUACCCGGAGUGCACGGUGACCAUCUUUGACUUGCCCAAGGUGGUGCAGACCUCCAGGGAGCACUUUGUCAAGGAGGCCGACUGCAGGAUAAGCUUCAUCGAAGGUGACUUCUUCAAGGACCCCCUGCAGGAGGCGGACCUCUACAUCCUGGCCAGGAUCCUCCAUGACUGGACGGAUGAGCGGUGCCUCCAACUGCUGAGGAGAGUCCACGGGGCCUGCCGAGCAGGUGGCGCCGUUCUGCUGGUGGAGGCGUUGCUGCGCGAGGACGGCGCCGGCCCGCUCACGGCGCAGCUCUACUCCCUGAACAUGCUGGUGCAAACCGAGGGCCGGGAGCGCACAGGGGCCCAGUACAGCGCCCUGCUGACUGCCGCCGGUUUCAGCCAGGUCCAGUAUCGACUCACGGGCAAGAUCUAUGACGCGGUUCUGGGCCUUAAGGAAGGAGGAACUUAAAAACAAGUCAAAUGACAGACACGGCUAGCCUGGUGACCACAAAUGAUCAAUUCUACUCCAAACUAAGUCAUUUAGAUGUUUUAUGUAUGAAUUAUAGCACUUUAUUAGUAUUCACAGAGAUUAUUAACAAGCUAUUCUUGCUAUUUUUGCCACUGUUUUUGGAGGAACAAAAACUUCUUAUCAAUAUUUUUUUUAAAUAAUGAAAAAUAAUAACAAUAAUCGUUGCAACAUUAGAUACUUUUUAAGUUGACAGAUUGAACCAUUUUUGGAUAACAUGCAUUUGUUUCUGUCAAAAUCGAAAGAAGAAGUACAUUUAAUAAUAAAAAAAUAGUGUUCUUGAGAUCACACACUGAAUAUUUUUUAUUGGAAU